ACUCGUAUUUUAGCAGUAUAAGGCUGAAUAAUGAGGUUUAUCUUCUCUGCCCUCUCUGCUUCAGGUCAGAACAUCACAUUCCCCCCAGUGGCUCUCUGGGUAACCAUUGGCCUGGCAGUGUGUCUGCUGGUGCUACUCAUUGCUCUGGCUGCUGUUUGCCGCAGGAAGAUCAAGGAGAGCUGUGAGGAGGCCAGGAGAGAAGCUGAGGAGGCCAAAGAGCUGGAAGAAGAUGAAUCAAAGACAGCUAUGACACUACUGAAGAGCUAAGGUGAAGAGAAGA